ACAGUACUAAUUGAUAAAGAGAUCGCAGGCCCCUGUUGCAAAUGCUCGAGCUCCAAAGGAAAAAGAUACUCUAUCUCUACAGGAACAUCCACAGGUCAAUCAAGCUCCUUCCCUUGGACAAGAGAGCCACGGCAAACCUCCUUCUGUUCCAGAGAAAAAGCUUCGACAGAAAGGUGAUCAACAACUUGGAGUACAGAAUAGAUGCAGCAAACAACUCGCUUGUAACAAUAGCACAGGCAUUGAGUGGAGACCCUGAGCCCUUUGAAAAGAUCCUAGAAACAGCCUUUGUAACUGCUGUUGGGCGCAAAGGCGCCGAGCCAGGAUGGUUGAGUGUCUUCAAAGCCAUACACACAGAUGAGUUGUUGGAGCUUUGGCCAACAGAAUCAAUCUUGAAAACGUCCAAGGACAACAAGCCCUUUGUGCUCAGUGCUGAAAUAGACCCAGCCAAAACAGAAGACUACUCAAGAGAGGAGAUCGUCAAGUACUCGUUGGACUUGCUCAAGUUCCUCAAAAGCGCCAAAGGAAUGAUACAUUCCAGAAACCUUGAGCCAGCAGCAGCAGUGAUUCCUCUCACACCAUUGGGGCUUCCCAUUGCUGAAUGCAGACACAAAAACUUGAUCAGAAAGAAGAUACGGUAUGUGAAGCAGCUUUUCAUGACAUUUGUUCCAAUGCAUCCCUUUUGGUUCAACCACGUCGAGGACAUUAUCGACAACAAAGACUUAGAAGAAAUAGCACACAAAAUCGCAAAACUCAAUAAACUCAAAAACAAUGGACUUGUGAUGAAAAACCGCUUUGUGCUACAUCGCUAUGAGGCCUUUAUCAAAAGACAGUUUGUUAUCUUUGGCAAUAAUCAGUAUCUAUUAUCUAGAACUAGCAAUAGAAAAUACCAAACAGCUGAGGAUUGGAUUUUUGAUUCUUAGAUUACUCAUUUUCAAUAUUAUUUUCCAGAUCAUCCUCUGGAUCGUUUUCAGGCUCACCUUCAAUAUCGACUAGCAUAUAUCUUUGCAAAUCAUUUUCUAACAAACAACCAAUACGUCGACCUUUUCUGCCAUUGAAAAUCAUUGAACUGGGGAGAAAGUCACCUUCAAACAAUCGUUUUCUAAUUAUAUUGCUGUCACUAUUAGCCUUGAUUUUGAUGCAUAUAUCUUUUUUUGAAUUUCCGAUUGUUUCUUCUAUUUGGCUCGCAGAAUAAUCUUGUUGAUAAUUUGUAUAAUAAAUUGUAAAUAAAUGUACUUUUGAAUUAUUUUGAUCUAAAUAUAAAAUCACAAUC